GCAUGAUGACGUUGUCGGGCAGUGAGACGGACGACGAGGACAGCGUGGACGCCCCCCUGGACCUGUCAUCCAGUACGGGAGGUAGCAGUGGGAAGAGGAAGAGGCGCGGGAACCUACCCAAGGAGUCGGUGCAGAUCCUCAGGGACUGGCUAUAUGAGCAUCGCUACAAUGCCUACCCCUCUGAACAGGAGAAAGCCCUACUCUCCAAGCAGACGCUGCUUUCCACACUACAGGUAUGCUAACUAAUGAUCUGCAUCAAUUACAUAAGGGGCCCUGUUCAAAUACUUCAGCAAUGCUUCCUUACUGCUUACGUUCCUUGAAGUGAUCACAGAGUUGAAUUGCUUGCUUUCACAUAUCUUAUCACUUAUAGAUCUCCUCAAGGAAAUUAGGAAGGAAGGAUACAUUCAAACAGAGGGCCAGAGUGACAGGCCUCUGUUCAUAGGUUUACUACCAAUGACCUUGUGUUGUAACGUCUUGUCUUGGUUUUAUGACACGUACGUAAACAAAGAGAGCAUGAUUGACAUGUGGACAAUGAACAGCUAGCAGCAGGGCCUUUCAAGGAAGCUUGAUGUUGCAACAUUCUGUCUGACGAAACACAUCUGAAGUGAAACGACAUUGACUGUGUCCCAAAUGGCCCCCUAUUCCCUAUGUAGUGCACUACUUUUGACAAGGGCCCACAUGGUUUUUCCCUUAGGGCUCUGGUCAAAAGUAGUGCACUUUAUAGGGAAUAAUAGGGUGCCAUUUGGGAAACACUUGGUGACUAGGAGGAACCGAGCACUCUGAAACUUUGACUCGGCUCACUCACUCUGCUGGGUGGUUGGUGUGGGCUUGGCUGUAACAAUCACACAGGAAUUUCCCUCCCUCCAGCCCUCUUCCAGUCCAGCUGUCUGGGAACAAUGCAGAGUCCUUUACAUACUAAGAGUUCUAGGCUUUGGUGAGCCAUCCAUGGCUGACAAUUGGCUGGGACAGAGAGGGAGAUGAGGGGGUCGGGGGAGGAGAGGGCAAUAGAAUUGGGAAGGGCAACAAGACCUUACAGCAAACUGGUGUUACAUGCCGUGAUGGCUUUUCAAAGGCCUAGUUUGAGUUUCUUGAUGAGCACAGAAGUAGCACCUUAUAUUUUCUUACUUGUUUGUUGAAUUAUGUAUUAUAAGACGUAAACGUAAGUAAAAAAAAUAACAUUAGUUUAUGUGCAAUUAAGUAGUGAACAGUUGCCAUAACAUUGUCUAUAGGUGUGCCAGAAUAUAUACGACCAAGAGCAAGUUGUGGAACAACCAUCACAUAUGCUUGUAGAUGUUUCAGAUAAGAUGCAUGUUUUGAAUACUACAGAAAAACAGCUGUGUCUCACAAUGUCAUGUAAAUAUGUAAACCGGAUGUAACCUGUUUUUGUCAACGUGAGAUAUGAAAGUAUAAUUUUGUGCUCUCCUUUUUCCCCUUUGUCUUCUUUUUUGAGACAACUUGAAACUAUACUAUAUACUUAAAUAAAUGUUGUAAUUUGCUCUCCUUCAGGUUUGCAACUGGUUCAUCAACGCACGUCGGCGGCUCCUCCCGGAGAUGCUGCGGAAAGACGGUAAAGACCCCAACCAGUUCACCUUCUCCCGGAAAGGCAGCAAGGGAGGCGACGGGGGCUUCUCUGACUCCAGCUCUCAGUCACCCAAGCACGCCACAGCCGCCACGGGCCCCGAGGACGGCUACGACCAGCGGGCGCUGCACCCCUCCAGCUUCGAGGCAGGUCUCCCCAGCCCCAGCGUUCUGCAGAAGGCCAUAUCGUCCCCUAAAAUGUCCCCCUCCUCCUCCCCGGGGCCCACCACCACUGUGGCUCACCGGCCCUCUGUCAUCUGUCACACCACUGUUACCACCAUGGCCAUGCAGAAACAGGGCUCCAGCCCCCCUUCCUACCUCUCCUGCUUCCUCUCCAGCAUGAACACAGAUGGCAGUAGGGCCGCAGAGCUGCUGCAUUCCACCAGAGAGGCUCUGGGGCUUUUCAGAUGUCGGGAGGAAGGGUUGGGCCUGGGCGCCCCGGCAGUGACCACCACCCCACCCCCCACACCACCAUGGAGGGUAACCUGAGCCCCCAGAGUGGGCUCUUCAACACCCCUCCCCCCACCCCCCCAGACCUCACACAGGACUUCAGUGGCUUCCAGCUCUUAGUGGAUGUGGCCCUCAAGCGGGCGGCAGAGAUGGAGCUGCAGGCUAAACAACUGGUGUCU